AAGCGUGGUCAACACGCGCGCCCCCGAUCAGGGCAAAUGGGGGAAGUUAAAACGGGCACGUACGAUACUCGAGCCCACCCCUUCCUUCCCCUAUAAAACCACACCCCUGGGUCAAUUGCCUGCGGUUCUACGAUCUACACGAACACACACGCCAUUGCAGGCCGGAGCAAGCAAUUCAAGAAGGUCUCUUGCUGCUCACCAUUUCGGCUUCCUCCCUCGAUCUCCUGCCGCCGACCGAUUCCGAGCUCAUCCAGCCAUGGCGGCGCCGCUCGGCUCCUCCUCCAAGCCUUUUGCGCUCUUCGCGUUCGUCCUCGCCUUCGCCAUCGCGGCGGUGCCGGCUCAGGGGCUGGUGUUCCGCGUGGGCGGGCCGCGCGGGUGGCGCGUCCCGGACGGCAACACCAGCUACGGCUGGUGGGCCAUGAACAACCGCUUCCACGUCGGCGACGCGCUCUACUUCAGGUACGACAAGGACUCGGUGCUGCUGGUGGACCGGGAGGACUUCGACGCCUGCAACGCCACGGAGCCCCUGGCAAAGUUCGCCGACGGCGCCACCACGGUGCCGCUCCACAGGCCGGGCUUCUUCUGCUUCAUCAGCGGCGAGCCGGGACACUGCGAGGAGGGCCAGAAGCUCAUCGUGCGCGUCAUGGUGCACCCGCCAGCGGACCCCGCGCUCGCGCCUGGGCCUGACGCCGCGUACGCGCCCGCGCAGCCGGGCCGUGGAGACAGGCCUGGCGGCGGCCACCAUGGGUCGUCACCUGGCACGUCUUCUGCCCCGGCCACGGCGGUUGCUGCCUGUGCCGGCGUCGCUCUCGCCGCGGCGGUGGCUGUUGGUCUCGCCUUGCUGCUUCAGUGAUCACGCGCUUCGUCUGGUUAAUAAGUCAGGUCUUGUUAUUUACGUUUGAUUUUCUCUGCUACCAGAGUCAUGCAGCACUAAUUUUUUUCUUCUUCUUCGAGGAAUGUUAUGCAGUAGUAGUUUAUUAUCAUUUGAUUGUGUCAGACAUUAGUACUGUUAUAGGAUAAUUCGAUUCGUAUUCUUAUGUAAUGUCGACUAUUGUGUUGUGCUAUUGAUGCCUAUGAUUGUGUGUCA